AUGAAACAUGUCAUGGAUAUAGUUGGUGUCGAUCUUGGGUAUAUGGCCCGUGUGAGAAGAACAGUAGCUCAUUUGAAAUCGCAAGAGGUCAAUUUGAUCACUAGAGAGGCCGCUAGUCAUGAGUUCUCUGUAUUGGAGUACAGUAAUCAUCUGUUGAAUCAUUUGAUUAACUUGGAGCGUAAUGACGGGCAGCACGUGAUCUCAAGGCCUAACAUAGUUACAUUUGAGUCCCAACCGCAGAUCAAUGCCAAGAUGAGGCUAUUGAUCUUUGAUUUUCUCAUGUGUUGUCAUACUAGGUUGGGUCUUUCGAGCUCUACGUUGUUCUUAUGCUUUAAUAUAUUGGAUAGGUAUACUUCCAAAUAUAUUGUCAAGAGUUGUAACUACCAGCUAUUGGCAUUGACCGCUCUGUGGAUCAGCUCCAAGUUUUGGGAUUCAAAGAACCGUAUUACGUCUUUGAAACAUCUGACCAAACUAUGUUGUAAACAGUAUUCAGCUCAACAAUUCAAGGAGAUGGAAUUACAUCUCUUGAAAUCUUUGAACUGGUCCCUAUGUCAAUUUGCUACUCAUGAUUCGUUCAUCGAUUUGUUAUUAUUUAUGAAGGACAAUAAGACUGUUUCACCACAGAUUUUGCAUGAAAACAAUUUGAACGUUGAUCUGAUUAAAUUUGGCUCGAUGAUGCUCUGUGAAUUAGCAUGCUUUGAUAUCAAGUUGUCGUUCAACUGUUCUGCUUCUCAAAUUGUUUUGGCCGCUAUCACCCUCACUACUUUGGCCAUCAAAUUUGAUGAUUUGAAUCAGUGGGAAGAUUUGGAUUUAGUUGGCAAUGAUGCCAAUUUGAUUAGAGUUUGUCACUCGCUAUUGGCUUUAGUACUUAAAACUGAUUCCCUGCCUUCAAGUUUCAAAUUCAAAUAUAUCAACGAAGGUAAAACUACAAGCGAAAAAAUCCUGAAAGCUUUACAAAACUACUUCAUCCAACUUCAAAUGGAACAAUUCUACCGUUCUCAAGAGUUUGAGACUCUACAACAAAAUACUCUAACGUCAUAUGAAAAACGUAAUGACUUUAAUGAUAACGAAAAAAAUAAAGAUGAUGUUUCAACAACGGGAGUCCAAACCAUGGGUCAAUCAUUCGACCAUUCAUUUGCAUCAAACACUUCAAAUAUAGCAUCUUCCCAUUCGGCAACGACUCCGCCAGCAAUGGCAUCAUCUUCUGCAUCACCAUUUGCAUCGCCUUUUAUGGCUCAUGAUUUAUUCACGAAUACUCCGGACUCUUCAACGACACCUGCCGGUGACAGGUCUUUAUUAUCCUUCUCAAGAUCUACAACCACAUCCUCGGGGCUUUUGCCAUUGACCCCAACUACCCCAACGCUCUUACAGAAUAAGAUGGCUGCCAUAAAGAGGAGAUCAAUGGCCGGUCGUAACCUCAUGGCACCCUCCCGCACAAACACCGAGGGUACCGAAAAGUUUGUCAAGGGUCAUAGAAAGAGAGCCUCUUCAAGUAUGGACAUCGAUUUUUUCGAAAACGAUGUUGCCCUUAAGCGUUAA